AUGGUUCUAAAGACUGAGCUAUGCCGCUUCAGUGGGGCAAAGAUCUACCCUGGAAGAGGCACCCGAUUUGUUCGUUCGGAUUCUCAGGUAUUCCUGUUCGUAAACUCCAAGAACAAGAGGUACUUCCAUAACAGACUGAAGCCAGCUAAAAUUGCUUGGACAGCCAUGUACAGAAAGCAACACAAGAAGGACAUUGCCCAAGAAGCUGUCAAGAAGGAGCGUCGCUCUACCAAAAAGCCUUACUCUCGAUCCAUAGUAGGUGCUACACUGGAGGUCAUACAGAAGAGAAGAAGCGAAAAGCCUGAAGUUCGAGAUGCUGCAAGAGAGGCUGCUCUUCGUGAAAUUAAAGAGUGGAUCAAGAAAACCAAGGAUGAAAAGAGGGCGAAGAAGGCAGAAGUAAUGGCCAAGCCAACAAAGAAUCAAAGCAAGAGUAACUUCGCAAAGGGUGCAAAUAGGGGCCCCAAGGCUGCAGGAGGAGCCAGGGGCAAGCGAUGA